ACCACCGAGAAAAGGAACAUUUCACCAAAAGCAGCGGAAUCAAAAUGCGGGCAGCGCUUUCAGUGCUGGUGCUGGCCUUGGCUUCAUCGGCUGUGGCAAAGCCUAAAAACCGUUUCAGCCGGUAUCCAUCAUGGAACACCAGAAUGUAUCCAAUCUGGAAAGACGGGGACCCUCGCUACGCUGACUCUUGGAAAGGUGGGCAUGUUAAAUUCAUUGUGGGAAACGAUGCACCAACCCUGACUGGCGCCAAGGUUACCUUCACCAUUGACCUGGAAUUCCCCCACAACCAGAAGAUAAUGCCCAGUGGAGAGGUGGUGUGGGCCCAGGACUGCACAGUCAAUGGGACUAACUACCGUGAGUCGGAGCCCGUGUACCCAACACAGAACACAGAGUGGAAUGGAAUCUUUCCUGAUGGUACUCUGUUUAAAAAAGACAAGCAGCCAAGCUAUGUGUUUGUCUGGAAGGCCUGGGAUCAAUACUGGCAAGUGUCUGACGGCCCCUCCUCCUCCUUGACCAUCAGCACAGACAACGUCCCUCUGGGCUCCUACACUGUGGACAUUGUCAUCUACCACUACCGCAGCAAGGAGAAGUUCAUCCCUCUGGGCUACGCCUCCACUGAGUUCUCCAUCACUGAUCAAAUCCCCUUUGCUGUCUCUUUGACGCAAGUGAAUGACAUCGACGAGGCCGACUUGAAAUUUGUCCAAAACAGGGCUAUCGCCUUCAGUGUCUCCCUACAUGACCCCAGCCAGUACCUGAGCAAUGCUGACAUCACCUACAACUGGGAUUUUGGAGACAACAGUGGGGCCCUCAUCUCCCGGGAGCUGACAGUCACACACACCUAUGUGUCGUCUGGCUCCUUCAGGCCCAAGGUGGUGGUGCAGGCUGUCAUCCCUGACAUUAGAUGUGUCACCCCGGCCAACACCCCCACCGUCAACUCUGUCACCUUACUGCCCCCUGGGCCACAUGCAGAUAUGGACUCCACAGUGAGCGUUCCAGCCGAUGCCUCAACUGCUCCAGUGCUGUCCUCCCAGAGGACUGUGUUCAGCCUGGACGUGGGCCCGACAGCGCCAGCAGAGAUGGACUCUGAGGAGGACGUGACCGAGGACGAGGCUUCCAGCACAUCUGCUGCUCCUGCUGCUCAGGAUGCAGUCCAGCUGGUCCAGACACCCUCUCCAGUCAACCCUGGCAUCCCCACCGGCCCUGCCUUGGCCCCAGCAGCCUCCAAGGCUCUGGAGAGAGCAGGCGGAGAGGCUGUGACCGCUGAUCGGGCAGCGACGAAGACAGACCCAGGUCCUUCGGUGGUGGUUGCGAAGCGUAAUGCAAAUGACCCACCAUCUGAUGAUGACUGUGUGAUCUAUCGCUAUGGGUCCUUCUGUACUGGGAUUGAUGUGGUUGAGGGCAUUGAGAGUGUGGAGAUCGUCCAAGUGAGCAACACUGUGUUAAAGACCCCCGAGGCUGAGAAGAAUAUGGUUGAUCUUACCAUUACCUGUGCAGGAAGCCACCCAAAAGAGGUGUGCAGUGUGGUGCUGGAUGCUGAUUGCAUGAGGCCAGUCCACACAGAGUGCAAUGCAGUGGCUCCCUCUCCAGAGUGCCAGUUGGUUCUGCGCCACUUCUUCAACAACUCAGGUGUCUACUGCAUCAACGUGUCAAUGACCAACGACUUCAGUCUGGCCGUCACUAGUGCUAGGGUGAAUGUCAACAUGGGUCCUGCUCUCUCUUCAUCUGCUACUGUAGCCAUGAUGGGCAUGCUGGGGGUCCUGAUUGUGGCUCUCACUGUAGGGACAGUAGCCCACACUUACAAGCACAGACAUUUCAAUAGUGAGUCUGAGAAGUCUCAGGUUAGUCAGGGACGGACCUGUGUUCCCGGGAUGUUCUGGAAUUGUCUGGGUCGACGGUCAGCUGUAGACAACUGCCCUCUCCUCCAAGAGAGGCUAGUGUGAAUCAUCCUCCCACAACAACCAAGAAACAUCUCAUUUGCACAGUUGAACAUGUGACAUGUUUUUUAUACAUUUUUAUACAUGUUUAUUUUUCUGUAUCAAAGUUCAUUCGUGUGUGACCAAUUUUAUUUCAAAUUUCAAUAUACACUUAAGUGAUCUGUUCGUAUAGCUUAUUUUAUGAUUAUGAUUACACCUACCCAACUUCAUCUAUUCGUUUUUGCAUGACUAGUAUGAUUAUGGUGCAUUCUGAAACUGUGGGAAACCCCUUUGGUGUAAUAUUUUUUUGCGUGCUUUUCCCCUUAAAUUUUACUUACC